GUCAGAAUAUAAAUCGUAAAUGCCACUGCUGUCAGAUUUGUCGAUAUGAUUUUUUGUAAAAGUGUUAUUUUAAUUUUAUAGAGUUCAGUUGUAUGUCUGGUCAAAAUGUUUAUCUUUUAUCUUUGCAUUUCAUAAUUAUAUUCUUGACUUCGUAAAAAAGUAAUGUGAAAUCAUGUUUGGAUACAGUAAAGAGGCAGUUAGAGUGAAAGUCAAGAAGUGUGAGGGCAAGCUUCAACCAGAAUUGAGAAAGUUCUCAGUUGACCCUCAAAUAACAUCACUGGAAGUGUUACAAAGCAUUUUAAUAAAGGCAUUUGAUAUAAAAUCUGAUUUCACAUUAUCUUACCGAACUGCUGAUGACUAUGGACAAGAGAUUUAUUUACCACUACUGUCUGACUGGGACUUGGAUGCUGCUUUUCUAAAGUCACAUAACAUAGCCCUCAAUCAGAGAUCAGAGCCAUGUGUACAACUGAAAGUAGAUAUGAGGCCAUUUGCGGAAGCUUCAGAGGAUUGGGAGCCGCCCAGUGUGAGCCCGGCUACUCCGCUAGUCAAUCAGAAUUACCGAGAACAGCCAACGGUUGCCCCAACACAACAACAGACUGAAAAACAAGAAACACAGACUGGCUUUCAAGGAAUGAUCAUGAACCAGGUUGAAAAGACAUUCAACAUGGUGUCAAGAGCGCUUAACCUGUAUGACGAUCCUAAUACGGCCCCACGACCCCCGCUUAGCGAUAUUGAGUUCAGAGCAUUCCUCGAUACGGUGGGACAGAUAACGAACACCGCCAAACUGAGGGAGGUCAUUUACUGCGGUGGCAUAGACCCCAGUUUAAGGAAAGUCGUAUGGAAGCACAUUCUUAAUGUGUAUCCUGACGGAAUGACUGGAAAAGAAAGAAUGGACUACAUAAAAAGGAAAGCAAAUGAAUAUUAUUCACUCAGGACUCGCUGGAAAGACUGUAUUCAGAAAGGAAUGGUAAAUGCUGACCUAGCUUAUGUUACUGGUAUGGUUCGUAAAGACGUGUUACGAACUGACAGGCAUCACAACUUCUACGCCGGUAGUGACGACAACCAGAACAUAGCGUCUCUCUUCAAUAUACUAACUACGUACGCACUAAACCACCCUACCGUUAGUUACUGUCAAGGUAUGUCCGACCUCGCCUCUCCGCUGCUCGUGACGAUGGGCGACGAAGCUCACGCCUACAUUUGCUUGUGCGCCCUCAUGUCGCGGUUGUACCCCAACUUCCUACUAGAUGGAGAAGCUAUGACGCUUAAAUUUACACAUUUGACCGAAUCCCUUCAAGUUUACGACCCCGAUUUCUACAACUACUUAAAAUCACAACAGGCCGAUGACUUACUUUUCUGCUAUAGAUGGUUACUGCUAGAAAUGAAAAGAGAAUUUGCUUUCGACGAUGCUCUCAGAAUGCUUGAAGUGCUAUGGGCCUCCUUGCCUCAAAAAACUCCCAAUGUUGAAUUAUGUUUAAAAGAAAAAGAAUUUGACCCAGAAAUGGAAUUUGAAGAAGAUCCUCCUCCUGUGAGUCCUUUAAUGAAAGCACCUAGAGAAAACGCUUAUACUAAAGUAUGUGCAAUACGGCGACAGAGCUCGAGUUUUAGCCUUGCGAAUGUAAAAGCUCCAAAACUAGCUACUUGUAAACAAAUGAACCACAGCUUAGACGAAAACGUAACUCGUAAAGUAGUACCCAACCCGUCACUUCGACACGCUAAAGAAUUUCAGAGCUUAGACGAUGCUGCAUUAAAUAUACAAAAACAUAAAUUAGAUAGAAAUGACACAGAUAAAAAUAAAGAAAACAACUUAUCACCGAAAGAUAAAUUUAACCCUAGAAGGAGUAUGAAAAGUGUUCCAGAACAUGAGAAAUCGUGUUCAACACAAGAUAACAACACUACCGCCUGGGCUAGCACCGGAAAUUUAAUGAAUGGCACAUCACACGGUGACCCGAAAGAUACUCCUUUAGGAAAUCAAAUAAGGCUAUUGAGAGAUAAAAUAUCUGUUCAUAAUAAUAAGUUCUUUUCGUCACUCGACAAACUUGACUCAGAUUCUGUUAGCAUAGACUCCUCUAGUAAACCUAAAGUCAAAAUGAUAAAGAAUUUAAACGAAUUUCUCAAUUUUGCUACGGGAAGUAAAGUAGGUGCCGUGACACAAGAAAAAAUACAGCGAACAAAUUCAGUCAAAGAAAGAGCAUCUCCUAAGGAGUGUCCAAGAAUAACACUCACCAAAACAUCUUUAGACGACGUUAGGACACAUAGUUCAAAAACUGGGAAAAACAGUAAGAGCAUUUACACAGACACUAAUGAUGGUAGCAGUCCUGAUGACUCACAAGAGUACUAUCCCAUGACGACCUCCAUGACGCGAGAAUUAAGACUAGAGUUAGAACACUUAGACCGGCAGGUGUUUGGCCCUUCAUAUAUAAACCGCUGUAGCAUUAUGUAUGACUCCCCUUCAGAUUCCACUAGCACGGAUGACAAGCCAACUCAUGAUUGCACUGAAAUAAAGCAAGACGUCGUUGUUGGUGGCACAGAAACAAGAACUGAAACUAUUAGACCAGAAAUAUUAGACACUGUAAAGAAGUCACCAUUACUUGAAACCGUAAGAUCAAAUGCUAGGAGUGCUGAAGAUAUAUAUUUAUGGGAGAAUCCCUUGCACAGAAAUACGCCGACCACUCGAACAACCGCCAGUUGCCCUCAGACGCCUGAUGAACAGGCGGAACUAGAUUUCGAUGGUGAUACCGGAGAAAUCUUUGAAGAACAUUCUGGUAAAAAAUCAAUUACUCCUAUAAGAUUAUUAAGAAAAAAUCAAUCUCUAGAGCCUCAAGAGUCAUAUCAGGAUACGAAACAUUCAAACACACAUUCCAGUGAAUCAGACUCGUCUGAAAAGGAGGUUGUGGAAUCCACAGACUUAGAUACUGUUAAAAAUAAUCUACCGCACAAUUCUAAUACAUCUAGAUCGCAAAAAUUCUUUUCCAGCAUGUCACAAGAAUUGGAAAACGCUAAAAGAAAUUGCGAAUCUCUUCUUAAUGCCAAACAAACGAAUUUACAUAGCGUCGCUUCAACAAUAAACAGUUUUCAGAAAAAGUACGAGGUAUUUAAACCGCCUAUUCAGAAAACCGCCAGUGUAUCUUCAGUUACGAGUGAUGGAUCUACCAAGACUAGUAUUAGCAGUCUUCCUCCUCCAACCGCCUUUGGAGGCGGGAAUCCAUUUUUAAUGUUCCUUUGUUUGACUGUCUUGUUACAGCAUAGAGAUUAUAUAAUGAGGAAUCGUAUGGAUUACAAUGAACUCGCAAUGCAUUUUGACAAAAUGGUACGUAAACACAAUGUCAACAGGGUACUUAAUCAGGCGCGUCAAAUGUAUGCUAUUUAUUUGAAACAGCAAGCUGCAGCUCAAAAGACUGGCGAUAUAAAUACUUAAUGUAAGGAUGGAAAGAUCUCUUGUAAUGUUUUUGCUCAUAAGAUAUAAUUUUGGUCUUUAUAGUUACAUUAAACACCACUAGGGUAAGUAUUAAUAUGUUAGUAACCACAUAUUUAAUCCCAAUUUCUUGUAAAAUAUAUAUAAAUUAUAUAAUUAAGACCAGCUUUUUAAGUAGGAUUUGAACAUGGUUGGACCACAUAAAAAAAAUCUAUUGCCGCCAGUAGGAAAAAAUAUUUUGAAUACCGGCUCUCUGUACUUAGCAUAAUAAUUAUAUAAACACAGCGACGUGUGCGCUUUCAAUUUUGUAACUUUGUUUUCGACAAAGCUGUAUAAUUCUAAUACAUUUAUUAUAAAACAUUCACAUCCAUUUAGAGGAAUCAAUAUAAAUUAGUAUUGAAACCUCGAUUCCAAAGAGCCUUAUUUAAUAAAAAAUAAUUGUGAUAUUUUAUUUUUCUUAAAACAUUUUUUAUGACAAUAAAUUUAUGCUUUUGCGUUAUUGUAUAGUUUAAUGUUACAAGGCAUUCCGUGAUGCAUCUUUUAGUUAUUAAUUAUUAUGUAUCGCAUGUAAAAUGUUUAGUUUUCUGUUUUGUUCCUAUCAGAUUUGAAAUCGAAUUGACAGAGUUCUAGUCUUUCUCCGCGUUGUAGCAAAUUGCUCUUUUCGAAUUGCUUGCUGGCCUAGGUACGCAUUUAUAUUUGUACUAAUAAUAAAUAUAUAAAUCUAAAAAUCAAAUGCAUAUUCCAUUUAAAUUGAAUACUGAUUGUAAAAUGCUACAAUUUAGUCUUGUAAAUAAACAAACUACUCAAAAUCAAAA